CCUGGGAAAUUAAAGAGAGUAGAAAAUUCUAAAUCAAUGCAUGCAUAUUAAUUAAAACAGACUGAACUGGCAACCGAGAGAGUUAGUUUACAUUAAUUGUGCAUGCAAAAAGAAGAAAUAGAUUCAUUAUUCUUUUAAAUGGAUGCUUACAUUUCUCUCUCUAUAUAGCAUUGAACAUGAACAUUAUUUGAGCAGAAAACAGAAUCUCAUCAGAAGAAUAAAAGUGCAUCAGAAGAAUGGCUCUGACUGAAGCUGAGUUUGAGAGCAGCAGCAUCAUGAAGGAAUGGGGCGGCCAGAUUCAGCCGGCUUUGAUAGCAUCCUUCAUCAUCCUCUUCUUCCUGGAGGCCUGUCUUUGGGUCAGAAAUCUCACGAUCAAGAAAAGGCUUCCAGGCCCGUUCGCCUGGCCCUUGGUGGGCAACGCCAUGCAGCUGGGACAAAUGCCACACAUCACCUUCUCAAAGCUGGCAAAGAAGUACGGAAACGUCUACCAGAUCAGACUCGGGCGAAGCGACAUUGUGGUUCUGAAUGGAGAUGCGGCUAUACGCAAGGCGCUCAUUGAACACAGCACCGAAUUUGCCGGGAGGCCAAACUUUGUGUCCUUUCAGAUGAUCUCCGGCGGUCGGAGCAUGGUGUUCAGCAGUUACAGCAAACAGUGGAAGGUGCAUCGGAAAGUAGCUCAAUCGACUUUGAGAGCAUUCUCGUUGGCAAACACUCAAACCAAACAGACAUUCGAACAGCACGUUGUAGGCGAAGCCAUGGACCUGGUCCAGAAGUUUCUAAGGCUCAGCGCCGACGGACGUCACUUCAAUCCUUCACAGGAACUCACCGUCGCCGCCGCCAACGUCAUCUGCGCGCUUUGCUUUGGGAAACGCUACGGCCACGACGAUCCCGAGUUCAGGACACUCCUGAAAAGAAUGGAUAAGUUUGGCGAAACUGUUGGCGCUGGAAGCCUGGUGGACGUCAUGCCUUGGCUGCAGUCGUUUCCGAAUCCGGUCCGAAGCGUUUAUCAAAACUUCAAGCUCAUUAAUGAAGAGUUCUUCGCUUAUGUGAAGGACAAAGUGGUGCAGCAUAGAGACACAUACGACCCUGAGGUCACCCGUGACAUGAGCGAUGCAAUCAUUGGCGUAAUUGAGCACGGGAAAGAGAGCAUGCUGACUAAAGACUUUGUUGAGUCUACGCUACUCUUGCGAUAUAUAACACAGUGUCAAGGCUGA